AAACAUGUCCGAUGAGUAUAUAAGCUUGGCCCGUCGGUGUUUUACCUCAUACAGAUUUUCGGUAUCAAGCACAACGAAAAUCCAGGUGUCCAACAACAUGGCUCUUCUUCGGUGUGCAUGUGUGCUCGCCCUCGCUGCAGUUGCAGCAGUGUCUGGGUCAUGCGACGUGAGCGUCCCCGAUCUGAGCUACAAACUCUCCGGAACCAACAUGGUUUUCCCAUGCGACAGCACCAAGGGCAUCUACAUCUCGAGCGGGCGCUAUAUUCCGAGGAACGUCAUCGCCACCCGCAUGCAAAUCUAUAAAGACGAGGCCAUCGUUGCGCUGCCUCGCUAUAAACAUGGCGUGCCAUUCACGCUCGCGAAGUUCUCGAUGAAAGCGAGGGGGUGCCAAGCCAACCUGACGCCGUUCCCGUGCUGGUCGAUGCAGGAGGAAGGAAACUGCGAUGCCCUCCAAUCCGUCGUUGACAUCUUCAUUUGCCAGAGCGAUAUCCUCUGGGUUUUGGACAUCGGGCUCGUUAAUACCUUGGAGCAACCCGUCCGUAGGUGCGGUCCCAAGAUCGUCGGCAUCAACCUGAAGACCAAUCAAGUUGUUAAGGUGAUCGACCUCACCAACUUGGUCGUCCCCAGCUCCCGCCUGCAAUACAUCAUCGUUGAUUAUACUUGCGAUGGACGCCCGUUCGUCUACGUCGCUGAUGCCGGAGCUGGAGCUAUAAUCGUCUAUGAUGUCUUCGGUGCUAAGGGAUACCGUGUCGUCCUCCCCACUGCUUGCACUGCUACAGCCAAGGAUGUCCUCUACAUGGUACUCGUACGCAGACAAUGCGGGAACUACGUUUACUUCUCCUACCUCUCCUCCCCGAAGAUGUACCAUAUCAAGUCCGAGUCCCUCCAGAAGGGUCAGACUGCCGGCGCUAUCGUUGAAGUUGGAGCUAAGCCCGAGGGUGUCAAGGGGGUUCUCCUCGGUACCGAUAAUGCCGGUAGCAUUCUCUUCAGGUACAAGGGACAGUCCGAUGUCUACAUCUGGAACACCGACACCUGCUUCAAGGACGAGAACUUCAUCCUGGUGCAGCGUGGUACCGAGUGCAGGCUCCCCACUCAUGUGGUUCCGGGCUACAAGCGACUCAUGUGGACCAUCGAGUCGAACUUCCACGAUUACAUCGCAGGGACUGCAGGAUGCCUGGGUCCAAAUGUUGUGGUGCAUCCGGUCGUCAAAACCUGUGACGAGGAAUAAGAUGCAACAUAUUGAAAAUCUGUGAUCGAAUUGUAUCAAUAAAUGAAUUCAAAAAUUA